AUGGAUGAACGUCCAGCGAAACGCACAAAACGCACAACGAGUGCCGCCAUGUGGGAUGAGAACGAGACACCAGACUCCCUGCCUAGUUCGAGCGGACGUGACCACAAGCCCAAGCCGCGCGACACCCAGGACGAGGAUCGCCGCGGGCCCAGACGAGACGACGAGCGCAGAAGGAGAUCGAGGUCGCGAGACACCCCCGACGGACGUAGGGAUCGGAGCAGAUCAAGAGAGAGACCAGCGCACCGUGAGCGAGAUCGGGACCGGGACAGGAAUAGAGACAAGGAGCGCGAGCGUGAUAGAGAUCGAAAUCGAGACAGAGGAGGUGGCGGUGGACGAGACAGAGAUGUCAAUGGCCACGGUCGGCGAGAGAGGAGCCGUGACAGACAGCGAGAUUCAAAAGAUUACCGAGCUGAACGCUCACACCGACGCUCAAGGUCACGCUCACCGGCCCGGAACGGCGGUCGUGAUGCUGUGCGCACACGCUCCCCUCUUCGGCGAAGCGACCAUGAUCGAACUAGACCUCGGGACAGGAACAAGACCGAGGAUGACGACGUGAAGCCACCAAAGGCUAGAGGGGAAGAGCAUGUGUCCGCCCAUGGGGACAAACCAGUAGCCAACGGCGAUACCAUGGCCAUUGAUGAAGACGACGAAGACGCCCUGCUGAGGAAGAUGAUGGGGUUUACCAUGUUCAAGACGACACACAACACCAAGGUGCCUGGGAACCAGAUCUACGGCGUAAGGAAGGAAAAGAAGACUACCUACAGACAGUACAUGAAUCGUGUCGGUGGAUUCAACAGACCUCUGAGCCCGUCGAGGUGA